CCAAAAUAUAUCACAUGACUAAGGUCAAUUGAAGCCGCUCUAGUUUUAGACUCUAUGGUGGUUGGAAGUACGUCACGUGAUUUAGGCAGGAAAUGGUAGGAAGCGUGUGAAAGUCACAGAAGAAAUGGCUCCUCCCAAGCGAUUAGCAGACAUCGGAUACAAGCUGUUCUCAGGCUCCAUGAUGCUAUUAACCGUGUAUGGAGGUUACCUGUGUAGCAUGCGGGCAUAUCGAUACUUCCAGCGGAGGGAACAAUUGCAGGCGGCAGCAGAGAAUCAGACGGAGGCUAUCAUGAAAGAAUGAAUUCAUAAUUUCUCUGAUCAAGUUAUUUAUGCACUGACUAGUCCAUGUGGAGAAUGCUUCUGCCUUGUAAUCAUAAAAUGGGUUUCUGUAACAUGUUACGUCAAGAUUAAAUAUAUAUAUUAUCA